GGCUCGGCCCUGGCUCCCCACUGCACUGCCCAGAGGCCCCUGCCGACUCCUCUCCAGCCUCCAGGUCCCUGCAGUGCCAAAGCUGAACAUGGACGUCACCAUCCAGCACCCGUGGUUCAAGCGUCCGCUGGGCCCCUUCUACCCCAGCCGGCUAUUCGAUCAGUUUUUCGGUGAGGGCCUCUUUGAGUACGACCUGCUGCCAUUCCUGUCGUCCACCAUCAGCCCCUACUACCGCCAAUCCCUCUUCCGCACCGUGCUGGACUCUGGCGUCUCCGAGGUCCGAUCUGACCGGGACAAGUUCGUCAUCUUCCUUGACGUGAAGCACUUCUCCCCAGAAGACCUCACAGUGAAGGUGCAGGAGGACUUCGUGGAGAUUCACGGCAAACACAACGAGAGGCAGGACGACCACGGCUACAUUUCUCGUGAGUUCCACCGCCGCUACCGCCUGCCUUCCAACGUGGACCAGUCGGCCCUGUCCUGCUCCGUGUCCGCAGACGGCAUGCUGACGUUCUCUGGCCCCAAGGUCCAGUCUGGCCUGGAUGCCGGCCACAGCGAGCGAGCCAUCCCCGUGUCACGGGAGGAGAAGCCCAGCUCUGCGCCCUCGUCCUAAGCAGGCUCCGGCCUGGCUGCACCCCCUGCAGCGCUGACCCAUCCAGCAGGGGCCACAGAAAGGCGUGGUGUGUGUCUCCCCCUGCUUCCCCUUUCCGUUUCCUUUCCAUCUCCUUAGAUGGAAUGAGGGUUUGAGAGAGUGGCCAGGAGAGCUUGGGGCCUCAGGGAGUCCCAGACCCCAACACCAGCCAGACUGUGGAAGUGCCUGCACCUCACACUUCCCUCGCAAGCACCUGGUCCUUCCAGGCAUAGGCGGCCUUGCUUUGCUGAGAGGCCCAGGGGUGGAGGGUGCUCAAUACCCGAGGGGACCCCUGACCAAGUGCUCCUGAGGGCUUCCAGUUUCCAGGUCCGGCCAGACACAUCCUGACAC